CUGCAGUCUGGACUGCCAGCUGGCGCAUUUGGGCCUGUUCUCAUUCCACUUCUGAUGUACUGAGCUUUCGACACUCUGCUCAGCAUUCAGAAUCAAAUGUGGGCAAAGCAGCAGCUGAGGCUGCUGAUCCAGUGAUUGGAACAGGAAGCCUGAACUUGGGGGUUUGAAGUGCGGGCAGAAGACGAGGAGGAGUUGGUUGUUGAGAACAGGGGCGAGGCCCAUCGUUAUCAGUCGUGAUCAGGUUCAGGUUUCCGGAUCAUGGUGGAUGAAACCAGCUCCCAACCUUUGAGAGUCCCCGUUGAGAUGCAACUGCAGGUCAUCUUAGAAGCAAACCACCGUUUAUUUGUAAAGCAGUAAUAGUUAAGAGCUUAGUUGGCAACUUGCUCUCUCUGAGCAGAGACUGGUCCCUGGUUUUGUGUCUAUGCACAGGCCAGCAUGCCUCUUUUGAAGAGGAAACCGUAUAGUCUCAGUAAGCGCCCGAAGGGACUGGAACCAAAUGAGCAAGUGUUUAAGGUCCGCAUAACCGGAGAGGUGUUCCGAGAGUAUGAGGACUACAUUGGGAGGGUCAACUUGUACAGGCAGCGAGUCUGGACCUGUAAGGCAACCGGCAAAACAAACCUGACGUAUGAAGAGGCUCUGCUGUCUGAGCAGCGGGCAAACGAGAAGAUCCAACAGUUCCCCAAGGCUUACGUCAAGCCGGUGCUAGAGAUGAUUCAAUUCAGCCAAGCCCGACUUGACGACCUUGUGGAUACAAUCUUCAAGACAUUCAAAGACCGUUUUGUCAAGGGCGAGGAAGUCGGGCUGAAGAAAGAUGAGGGCGCCUUGAUUCGCGUCCGAGUAUUGCGUGUCCUCGAAAAUGACCGGUACGAGGUUGGGUGGAUUGCGAGCGACACGAGCGGGGCUGAGGAAGAGUACUGUGACACGACUGUGGAAGGAAUGGACACCCUCGAGCGCAAGAAGUACCCCCUUCAGAAGUCGCUCCUCAAGACCUUCAUCCGCGACUCCGCGACGAUCGGCCUGACAAAGAACGCCCCGCUAGUUGUGCACGAGAAGCUGGCGCGCAAGUACGGGAUCCCUACGGAGCCACCGGAGGAAUUGAGAGAGCUGCUGUCGCCAAAGGGCAAGGCGAAGGGAGGGGACAAGACGGCUGAAAAGGACGCCAAACUGAAACGGAAGUUGGAAGAGCAGGACGCCAAGGCGCUGGCCAAGGAAGCGAAGAAGGCCAAGCGGGAGGGGGACAAGGAGCAGGCGCGCGAGGAGAAGCGCAAGCUCAAAGCGGAAGAGGAGGAGCAGAAGCGGAUCGAGGACGAGCUGAAGCGCAUCAAGUACCCGAUCGAGGACACCGAGGUUCUGUUGGGGCCCUCGGAGAAGCCCCCCGGGCCGCGCCCCGCGCUUACCCGCGACUUUGCGGUGCCGCACGAGCUGGUCGGGAGCUUGCUCAUGGUCUGGGAUUUUUUGAUGUCCUUCAGCAAGCAAGUGAAGCUGUCUCCGUUCGCAUUGGAGGAACUAGAGGCGGCGCUUCUGUACCGCGAUGGCGAGGUGGCGAUGCUGGCGGAGGUGCACUACGCGCUCAUGCGCGUCUGCCUCGACGACGCGGACCACUACGACCGCCUGUCGAGAAAGUCCAAGCGCGCGACGCAGGUGCUGCUGACCGAGGUGUACUAUGACCUGAUGCGCGUCUGCCUCGACGACGCGGACCACUACGACCGCCUGUCGAGAAAGUCCAAGCGCGCGACGCAGCUUUCGCUCGAGAGCUGGACCGAGGACCUGUGCAACUACAUCGAGGCGCGCAACGAGGCCCGCGAAGAACACGAAGAAGAAGCGUCCGAAGACGACGAGUCCCAAGGCGAGGCGUCCGAUGCCGAGCCGUCCGAAAAAGAACAAGGAACGCCCAAGCAGAAGAAAGAGAAGGCGCCGGAACCUCCGGGGCCGUCGCCGAAGAGCGACGAGAGCUUUGCGGAGUGCGUGUCGGCGCUGCAGCGGGAUCACUACUGGGACGAGAUCGACGUGCGGAAGAAAGUGGCGCUGUUAGCGGCGCUGGUGGAUCACGCAGUGCAGACCGAGAUCAUCAGGGGUCAGCUGGAUCAGAACUGGGACGACCUUCAGCAGCUGAAGGCGCGCAAGCGCGAGGAAGAUGCGGAGUGGCGGAAGCACCAGAGGGAGGAGAAGGCGCGGGCGCGCGCAGAGGGUAUCGAGCAGCAAGGGACGACCGAGGGUGACGGGGAGAUUGUGCUGGAGGAAGGGGAAGAGAACGGUGCGGCGGGAAGUGACGAGGAACAAGAAGCAAACGAGGAGGAAGAAGAGGAUGCCGGAGAGGGCGAGGAGGGGGCCGCGAAUGGCGUCAGCAGAAAUGGGAGGGGGGGAUCCCCCUCAUCCAGCACAAAUAGCGCACUGGCGGGGAUGUCGCGGGCGCAGGCGCGGCUGUUUUUGCUGCAGCAACGCGCUGCGGACCGCGAGCGGGCGGAGGAGGGCCGGCGCGCACAGUACGAGGAGCAGCGGCGGGCGCAGCGGGAGAAGGCGAAAGAAGCGGCAGCGGUGACGGCGGAGCGGAAGAAGCGGGAACAAGAGGAGGCGGAGCGGCAGAAAAGGGAGGAGCAGUACGAGCGGGAGUUCGAUAAGUACUUUGUGCGGCGGAAACCGCUGGGCCUAGACAAGGACCACAACCGGUACUGGUACUUCCCACGGGAGCCGCGUCUUUUCGUCGAGUCGGAGGACUCGGCCACGUGGGGCUACUACCAGGCAAAAGAGGAGUUGGACGCACUCUUCACGUCCCUCAAUCCGAAAGGCGUUCGGGAGCGGGGGCUGCAAAGGGCGCUCGAGCGACACUAUUCCAAAAUCAGCGCCGCGCUUUCAAAGCGCUCAAGGGAGCUUUCACAAAAGCUUGCUCUGGACGAGGCAGCCAUCCGACGGUCUAGCAGAGUCAAGUCCGCUCCCCGUGCGGCCCCAUUCUUGUCGUACGUCAACAAGUACACAUCAGGAUACUAACUCGCCUGGCGCUGAAAGUGUAUCCAGUUGGUGCGAAGAUACCUUCAAAGGCCUGCCUUUCCACCUAUAUUGCUUUGCCCUCUGGAAGCCUGC